ACCCCGCAGACAGACAUGGGCGCCCCGGACCCGCGGGUCAUCCUGCUGGCCCCCCGGGCAGAACCCGACGCGGCGCAAGUGCACCGCACUGAGAACGGCACCACCAUCAUCCGGCUUCUCUGGGUGGGGCCCCGCGGCGAGCUGCGCCGGCGGCUGGCGGGGACCUCGGGCGCGCAGGUUCCGACCGGGAUCUCGAUGGGGAAGUCCGUCCUGCUGUGGUUCGCCUUCUUGGCCUUGGCCUGGUGCUGCUAUGCUGCUCACCGCCCCAGUGAGACCCUGUGCGGCGGGGAGCUGGUUGACACCCUGCAGUUUGUCUGUCGAGAACGCGGCUUUUACUUCAGCCGUCCGUCCAGCCGCGGGAGCCGCCGUGGCGGCCGUGGCAUCGUGGAGGAGUGCUGCUUCCGCGGCUGCGACCUAGCCCUCCUGGAGACUUACUGCGCCAGCCCCGCCAAGUCCGAGAGAGCCGCGGCCACCCCUCCGCCCGUGCUCCCGGACAACUUUCCCAGACACCCCGUGGGCAAGUUCUUUCACUAUGGCUCGUGGAGGCAGUCCGCCCAACGACUGCGCAGGGGGCUGCCCGCACUACUGCGAGCCCGCCGAGGCCGCGUGCUCGCCAAGGAGCUCCAAGCGCUCCGAGAGGCCCAGCGUCAGCACCCCCUGAUCUCCUUGUCCACCCUGGACCCCGCCACCCACGGGGCUGCCUCUCCAGAGGCCCCGCCCAGCAAUCAGGAGUGACCCCCAAAAGUCUUAAUUCUGUGGAGUGACACCAUCAGCUCCCUGUAGCUGCCCCCUGGCCGGGACCCUCCAUCCGGUCCCCCUCUCGGCCCUCUCAGCCCACGUCCCCCGGCGGGCCUCCCCUCAGCCGGCCCCACGCCCCAACCUCCCCAGGUCAGGCUACCCCUCUGUGGCCCCCAACACCGGGCGCAGAGGCACCCCAAAUGACAAAACCCAUUGGCUUUGAACGUCUUCCAGACUCUGCCCCCAAAGUACAUCAGAUCCUAAUCCCCCCAAAAAGAUGAACCAAAGAAUUCUCUAAGUUCUCCCCCUCCAAAUUAAUCGGAAUAAAGUCAGAUCUUUACCCCCCCUCAAUUGGCUAAGAUACCUUCUAAAUUAUCAUCAAACUAUGCCCCACGACACCUCCAAAUCACCUUAACAGUUAAAAAAAAAAAAAAAAAAACACCAGACAGGAACCAGCCCCCUCAAGGCUGAUUGGCUUUUUAGUGACAUCAGAAAAGCUGAUUAGCCACUUAAAGAAACUUAAAACAACGAAUUGGCUAAAAAAUAAAAUAAAAACCAAUUGGCUUUUGAACAACUGGCAAAAUAAAACAAUUCGGCCCCCCCCUUCAUCUCUUGCCCAUGGGACCUUGAGUCAGAUUGGCAUUGACUCUUGUCCCUGAUCCCCCCAAGAGAAGAGAAGGGGAGCCCCAAAUCACAGGCAGGCAUGUCGGUGCUUCUCGGCCAUCUCCACCUGGACUGCAGCUCACUGGGCACUGUCAGACCCGGCCAGGCUCCAUCUUCGCUCCACGUGCCCAAGAGGGACCCCAGACCACCGGGGACGAGACAUGGAAACCAGUUCCCCCAGGAAAUUCUGAUUGGCAAGAACCCCAAGUCCAUCCACCUCACCCACACACAGCUCACCCACACGCAGCCUGCAGACAACACACACGCACAGACACACAGUUACACACACACACACACACACACACACACACACACACACACACACACGGAUGGAAGUCACUGGCUGGCUUCGCCCGAGGCCCACCCAAAAUGCUCUUAUUGGUCUGGGGACAAGGCUUCCAUGUCCAGUUUUCCCUCUGGCCCCCGGGUGGGAGGUGUCCCAUCCUGACCGGCUGUCCCAUCUUUCUGAGUUGAGGGAGGUGCCCCCCGUCCUCGCGCCGGUCCCCACGGCCUCCCCCGAUGUGUGAGCCCCGGGUCCUGUGAGCUCUGCCCACAGCAGAGAUGGCCGCAGAAGCCCACCUGCCAAGUGCCCCUGCCCGUAGCCUGACCCCUGGGUGUGCCCCUGGUCCAUCGGGGUCUCCCCCAGCACACCCAGGCCUCGCCUUUGCCCGCCUCCUGGGGGCCCCUGCUUCUGUUUCCAGCAGGGCCCCCCCCCACGGAGGCGGGCAAAGGCGACGGGGAGUGUGGGAAGUCUGGCGGUUGGAGGGGUGGGUGGGGGGCAGUGGGGGCCGCUGAGGAGCCCCCCGAGGUAGGACGUGGCCCGUGAGAGUCGAGAGGAGAAGUCAGGACAGCUGUGGAGAGGCUGAGCUGCAGAAUUACAGACACAAUUCGGAACCCCCCAAAUUUCAAGUCAAUUGAUCUAUCGCCCCUCUUUCUUUCUCCUGGGGAAUUUCUUCCUUUUUUUUUGACCCCCCCUUAAGCUUUUAACGCGCUCUUAUUCCAAAUUGAAACCCCCUCCCCGUAACGGGGGGGGCAGGACCCUAGCAAGACGUCCAGCGGCUUGCAGAGUUCCACCAGCGUGUCCUGCCCCCACCAUCACCCCGAUUGGACUUGGCGUGCACUAUUCCUGUCGCUUGGGUUGAGUGGAGAGUGGGAGCCUCUGUGGCCACGCGGCCACGGCGCCCCACAGAGAAGGACAAGAGGACGAGAGGACGAGAGGGCCGCUGCCCGGCCUGGCUUCUGGGGACAGUGGCUGGUUCCCGAGAGUCCUGGGGGGUGGAGGAGGGGGUGGGGGGGCUUCCCUCCAGGUGUCGGAAGGUGCUCGGAGGCCACAGGACUGGAAGGGCCCCCGGCCACCUGGCGGGGGGGAAGGGACUUUGAUGGCUAGAAGACUGGACACACCCGGCGUGAGCAUGUGGCCGCCUCCUGAACAUCUGAAGGACCCUCCCCACACCCCUCAGAGACAUCGCCCACCUGCCCAGCGCCCCGCCUCUGGUCUCUGCGCCCGAGCUCCAGGGCUUCCUGGGGCCGAGGCGGGGUGAGGCUGGGGAGCAGGGGAGGUCAGGGGGCUCACGCCCCGAGAGCUAGAGCUGCAGCCUGUCACCAUGGGGUUGCCUGGGCCCCGGGGCCAUGGGCCUGGCGUGGGAGCAGCCACCCUCCUCGCCCAGGGCCGAGGCAGGGACCAGGGCGGCUGGGGGCUUACCUCCCCCCACUCCCGCCCCCAGUGCGGCCCCCCUGCCCACGGCCAGCUAGUGUCUAGAGGCCUGAGGCCCCGGGGUCCUGGUGACGGGGCUGGCAUGACCCUGGGGGCGGUCUGUGCCAGCCCACCCAGCACACAGAGGCGCUCCGGCAUGCACCCCGAGAACGGGCCCAUUUGGAACAUUGGCGGGACCCCAAAGAGCCAAAUUGCCCCAUUGGAGAACCCCAAUUGGCCAGAGACCCCAAAAGACUUGGAGGCACCCCAAAACGCCCGCCCAUUCGACUGGACCCCAUCCCCUCAGUGUUACAUUCUGCCUCCCUGGGGAUGGGCACUCCAGGGGUGCCUGCCCGGGCCCCUCUGUGUCCCCAAAAGCAGCUCUCCUGGGUCCUGACAUCGACCCGGGCCCCCCUCUGACCCCCACACCCUGCCGUGGCCACCACCGUCUCUCUCACACUGUCUUCAGUGGGACCCCCUCUCGGGUCCCCACCACCACCGUCUGGAGACCCCCCACGCGUCGAAUGCCUUUGUCACCACCUGUGUUCGCCUCCGCCCAACUCCUAACACGCUGUUUCCGACAAGACCCUCUGCUAGGGCUUGUCACUCACCAUGAUCGCUGGCAAUUCCAAUAAAGCAUUAAAAUGUC